AUGGGAAACUUCUUCUCUCGUCCAGGCCGGGAGUCGGACGCUCUACCCCCAGGUGCCUUUUCCGCUGGCAACAUCUCAUCUCUCGACAGCUCGUCAAUUACUCCAUAUCUAGGCAUCAACACAGGAUCGUACGAGGACCCUUACCCGCCCAUACCGUUCGAGUGGAUCGUUUCGCCUAGCAAUGUUAACGACGGAUCUUGUCCCAAUGGGUCUCAGAUACUAACGUGGUUCGGUGUCACGGAUGUUAUCAUCACUCUUUUGGUGAUUUUAUGUGCGUACCGGCCUUUUGUACACUGGAUUGCUCGCGGAAAGCUAGGGAACCGUCGCAAGAACCGCCUGGCUCUCACAUGGACCAUAACGUUUGCUUGUCAGCUCACGGCCAGCGCUAUCGUCGCUGGUAUCAUCGGGAAUACAUCAGGUUACGAGUCUUUGAACAUGCUUCACAUCUUCACUGUUGCCAUGUCACGACCCCGAUUCUAUCCCAUCGUUCUCGGAUUAUUGCGCUGUGUUGUCACCUCCCAACGCACGAGGGACUGGGAUAAAACAACGAUAAUUAAACGAAGCGUCGACGACCGUGUCGAGUUCACCUACACAGACGCCUGGAUCACAACAAGCUUUUCCGAGUUGCUAUUACUCCUCAUAUCCGCCGUAUUCACUGGUGUCACAUGGCAUCGCCUGCCUUCAGACAGCAAAUCCCGCGAGUAUGCCUCGGACCACGUGAGCUUCGUAUCGAGUACCCCAGGAAUCAUGUUCCUUUGCAUGCUUGCUUUCCUGCCGAUCUACAAACGCUAUGGUGAAGCAUACCCAAUUGAAGGACGACGGUACGAAACUGGGAGGUACUGGGGCGUGACAAUAAGCAACGAUGGCAGGACGAGAAUCGGCGUCAAGAAGGACAACAAGAAGACUGCAGUCAAGAGAGGAGCUAACGCGUUGUGCGCGAUUCUGUCCCCCGAAGAUGAUCGAGUCUGGGGUCGUGUGGGUGGUGUUCACGGCGGUCGCAUAGGAUUUCCUGAGUGUCACCUUGGAGCACGUUGGCAUAUACAGCAUCGUACUGAGGAGGAACGUGGUAUUAGAGAUGCUAUCCCCGAGAGGAACCUGGUUGACACGUCUAUCAGUAGUAUCGUUGUCGGCUGUGGUGUAACAAACGUCCCUCAAUGGACCAUGUUCACUAUGGGUACUGGGGAAAAUCUAUCUUGUAACUACCAUGCCAAAUACGAGGUCAUUGUCGAGAUCAUAAUUCCCAAAAAGGUACGAGUGACCCUGUACUAA